GCAAGUGGCAUGCACAUACUUCAUUGCUUAAAACAUUAAUACAAAAGAGAAAGCCAGUGCAAUCACAAUAGACACAAACAAAUAUAAUCAAACAUGGUGAACACGGUGAACGUAAUUUGGACAUUGGUUAGUUGGGUAGUGAAGAUGGCAGGUUUAAAGCUCCACACAGUAGAGAUAGAACCAGGAACAGUUAUGAGAUUUUGGGUUCCUUCUAACACCAUUUCCAAGUCCAAACUAAAACCCAAACCCAUAUCCAAACCCACGAAGCCAGUAGUGGUUCUCCUCCAUGGCUUCUGCGGUGAUGGACUUGCUACUUGGCAGUACCAAAUCAACCCUUUAGCCAAAAAAUACGCCGUUUAUGUACCGGACUUAAUUUUCUUCGGUGGCUCAACUACCGAUAAGUCGGACCGGUCACUGGCUUUUCAAGCCGAGUGCUUGGCUGUGGGGUUAAAGAAACUCGGGGUGGAGAAAUGUGUUGUGGUUGGAUUCAGUUAUGGUGGAAUGGUGGCGUUUAAAAUGGCUGAGAUGUAUAGUGAGUUGGUUGAAGCCGUGGUAGUAAGUGGUGCAGUUUUGGCUGUAAAAGAGUCUAUGAUUAGUAAGGCAGUUGAAGAUGCUGGAUUCUCUUCUUGUUCGGAAAUGUUAAUGCCAUCUUCUGUUGAAGGAGUGAAGACACUUCUUUCUGUUGGUUUCUACAAAAACAUUCCGUUUCCCAACCGUCUCAUCAAGGACUUUCUUAAGGUGAUGUUCUCAAAUCGGAAGGAGCGAAGUGAGUUAUUAGACGCCUUAGUCAUUAGCUACAAAGACAUCAACAUCCCAAAAUUUUCGCAGCGAAUACAUCUUCUGUGGGCAGAGAAAGACAAACUUUUCACACCAGAGGUUGCACAAAACAUGAAAGAGAAGCUGGGAAAUAAAUCAACAUUACAAGAGAUAAAGAAGGCUGGCCACUUGGCUCAUAUUGAGCGACCAUGUGUUUAUAAUAGGUGCCUUAAGCAAUUUCUUGCUUCGGUUAUGCUUGAUGAAAAAAAACGAUCCAAUUCCUAUUAUGCUUGAUGAAAACAAAAACAAUCCUGCUCAAAUCAAUGAAAAUGCCGAGGGUGUCUUUGGUAAGUUCUUUAUUUGAUAAGUUAUUUUAGUAAGUCCAAUUAAGCGCUUAUUUGUAAGUUAUUGUUGUGAAGGUGUAUCCAAAAGCUAUAUAAAUGCUAUCAAGUAUUUUUGUAAUAUCUGGAAAAAAUAUCUGGAAGUGUGUCCAAUUAAUUUGUUUUUUUAUUUUUAAGAA